AUGGCUGAUAAAAAGUAAUAGGCGUAAGCAAAACCAGGAGUGAAAUUCUAGGAUCAACCAGCGGGUGUCCAGUAAGUUGAAAACAAACCAUAAGUAAUUUACAAGAAUGCAACUGAAUAGAAGGAUCAAGCACUAAAGUAAUUUAAUAAAGUGUAAACAUUAUUUAAAACAUACACAGCAUCAGAUCCGCAAUGUAUAAGAAAGGACACAGCAUAAUCUUUAAAAUCUUUGCUAGCAUCAUUAAGAGAUUGCAUGCAAGUUUUGAACAUAGGAACAUUCGAGGACAAGAAUUCAAAUUAUUAUCUCAUAUAUAAUGGAACAGUUUAUAUAUUUGAUAUUUGCAGAGUCUUAAGAAAAUCAAUAUAUUAAUAUAUCGCAAUCGAAUUUCUGGCAUUUUGUAUCACCUCGAUGGAGGGAUGCUUGGUGCUGACAUCCAUUAAAUACUUGGAUUGGAGGAUCAAACUCUAUGCUGAGUUGGCACACAUCUAUCAUUCCCUCUAAUCAAAGGCGUGUGCAUACAGGACGAUUGAUUUGGGGUUGUAAAAAGUAUAAGAAUUGAGAGAGUUGGAAGAAAUGGAUCCACCCUUGAUGGAUUACAUGGAUAAGAUUCUAAAAUAAAAUACAAGAUUGCUCAAGAUAUUGGAGUUGAAAUUUAAAGUGCAAGCUGGAGUGUUCAAUGUAGAUUAAUGGAAAAAGAAGAUUGAAGAGUUUGGAUAGGAUAAAGAAGCUAGAUGUUUGGCAAUCAUUGAGUCUUUGCGAUUCUCUCCCCCAAAUUUAUCGAAUACUGUCAAAUAAACACAUGUAGGCAAUUAAUUGAAAGAGUAAUUAGUCUAGGUUAGUUUUGAUCUAUUGAAAAAUGAUAUGGAAAGAAUUGCAAUAGCACUAGAAUAAUAGAUGGACAGAAUCACUAAAACAGUUGAAUUUAAAUCUAAAAAUAUAUUGGAUGAAUUAGAGAGAAAUGAUAUGACCAAAAAGAGGAGAGAAUUCGAAGCAUCAUUAAUUAAGGAAAAAGAAUGGAGGGCAUUGGCUGAUGGUUUGCCAUUGGAAUAUUAAAUUGAAUUAGCGCAUCAUGCUUAUGAUGUUGGUAAUACCAAAGUCUUCGAGGAUAUCAGCAAUUCAGCUUAUGUCAGAUGUAAAUAUAGAAGAAUUGAAUGUCCAUAUAUUUAAGAUGUGAACAUAUUGAUAAGUACUAAUCCUUAUCCAAACAUUCCUAAUGGUUAUGAUAAGAUUUAAAUUGAUAUAAAUGAAGCCAAUCUUCGAACAGAAUUAAAACGACUUAGGAAUAAAAAUAAGGGGGACUAACAGUAAUAACAACAAUAGACUCAAAAGAAGGAUGACAAAAAAGAUAAUAAAAAAUAACCUUAAUAAUAAGAGCAAGAAAAAUAAUAGACUGAUUAGGUUGGGUUGGGAGUCCAGGCCACAGAUUCAGAAUUGGCAUAGAUCAAUCACAAUUAUAUUUAUUUAGUUUAUAAGAAAUCUAUGACUCCCGACAAUGCCAUCUAUGAGAUAGAUGUUGUGAUGGCUGAUGAAGAACAAGGUCCUGUUGAAAAAAUGAAUCAAGGGUAUCGGGCUAUUGCAAUACCCAUAAAAUAAUAUACAGGAGUCAGGGAAAAGUACAAAACUGUACCUUAUUUGUUACUCAAACAUACUAUGAAUGAGUUAUCUGAUGAAAAUGAAAAAAUGACGCUAUUGGUUGGAAUUAAGCCAUUAUUUGGUAAGAACCCUCUCAUUCGACCAGAUUUUGGAUUUCAAAAAAUCAAUUUAGACCUCAGACAAACUCCAAAAGAGUUUAUUAGAAGUCCAGGGAUGGAUUACAUUUACUUUACAUACAAAACGGAUAAGUACUAUUUUGUAAAGGAGAGAGAGUUAUAAAUUUUGAUUCAUUUCAUUAAAUUGGAAAAGUCAUAUCAAAAAGAUGUUUCAUAAAGUAUAGAGGAUGACAGCAGAUUGGAAUUGGAAAUAUGCUACGAUUUAUAAUCCCUAAAGGAAUUAAUGGAUAUGAUAAGCAGUUGUUUGGUAGGACCAUUGGGAAUCCAUUUCUUAAAAGAGAAGAGGGAUUUUCUAUCAUAAUUAGUAUUUUUGUUAUGGAGAAAGUAUUUCUUACCGCCGCUCUAUUAAAUGCAAUUUAUUUAAGAGUUGCUUAUUACUUAGGAGAUGAGUAAACAGGAUUAUAGUCGUUAUGAUAAGUUGAUUCAAACAGCAAGGGAGAUUUUCAAGAAUGGAUUAUUAGUUUUGAAUGAGAUACUAUUUAAAAUCCCUUAUGUUGAUAUCAUACUGUUAUGCAAGGUGAAUUUGUCACUUGCUAAAUUUUUGGAGGAAGAGAAGGAAGCAUAAAUAGCAGAGGAGAAUUUGAAAAUUUGUAUUGAUAGAAUAAUUCAGCAUAGAAAUUCUUUAACAGUAAGAGGUGUUGACUCUUCGAAGGAUUUAUUUUUACCAUUUGCAGCCACAUGUUCAAACUAUAAAAUAGAUGAAAUGAUGAAUAGAAUGAGGGAAGCUUGGAUCAAUCAGAAAAAUUAAAUUAAUAGAGAGAUCAGAAUAAAAAAUAGAUCAAACAACAAAAAAUAACAAUUAGAAGAUGAUGAGUUAAACGAAGAGGAGUAUGAAUUACUUGAAGCAUAUCAAUCUUUGUUGGGUGAUGAUAAUAAAGACACAAGCACUCUUUCAAUUUAAUAGAAAAUUAAUGAAACUGAUUUGAUAAUAAAUGCUUUACAUGCAGAUCUAACUGUUGCAUUAUAUAGAUGUCAAUUAAAAGCAGGAUUAGAUAUUUAGAAGAAUUCCAUAAAGAAAACUUCAUUAGAAGAAGAAGUCGAGGGAGUUUCUUAGGCUAUUCAAAAGAAGAUGUCAAUUAUGUAAGGGGAAACUGCAUAAACCAUUAAAAAGAAUGUAAACCAAUUAUAAAGUACUCUUUAAAAAGAAGGGAAGCUAAAACCACCAAAACCUGUGAUUCACUAAUUUGAAACAGAAAUAAUGAAUCAAGCCAACAAAAACCCUUAUGCCAACUGUUUGUUGUUUAUGCUUAUGGCUAGUAUAAAGCAGAAAUAAACUGAGUAGCGAUCAUUUUUAGUGGAUUCUUUAAAGUACUUGCAACAAGCAGAGAAAGAAGAGUAAUUACAUAUUGAAAACGGAAUAAAUGAUGCCAUCUUUGUGAUGUCUACAUUAUGUGAUAAUAUUGAUACUCAAACUACUUCCAAUAACGUUUUCCCGUAUAAUAUGUUGUACAAUCCACAAUAUAUUAAAUCUACUUAAGUGCCUCGUAAACCAAUCUUAAUUAGCAGGAACUCAGAAUCAGUCACUUUUAAAUUACCUCCUUUCAAACCAAAAUUAUUAGAUAUGAUAGCAAUAGAUUAAGCAAAAAAGACUAUAACUAGUAUGGCAAUUUUUGGAAAAAUAAGUGCAAAUGGAGUAAAAUGUAUCACUCACUUAUAGAAGAUAGGAGCAAUAGUCACGAUGAAUGGGUUACAAAGAAAUGAGAAGUACUGUUUUGCUGUUGCAGCCUAUGAUGGUACUGAAGGAGUUUCAAAUGGAAUAGGAGAAACAGGAGAUGACAUCACAACACUACAUCCAUUACCAUUACCCUUGUUAGCAUCUUAUUUAUGCAAAGUGGCAUAUUAAUUAUCUAAUUUUGAUAUUUGCGAAGAGGCUGCUGAUUUCUGUAUUAUGUAAUUCACAGAAGACAGUGAAUUUAUAGAUCGUUAAUUGCACAAUGAACUCAAUCCCAUUCAUAUCAAGAGAUUGCUAUAAUAGAGAAUUAAAUCUGUUAGUUUAAUGGAAAUAUAAAAUCUAACUGAAACCUUAUUAAUCAAAGCUAAAUGUCUACAAAAGAAGAUUGCAAAUACUGGAACUUAAGCAUAAAAACAUAUUGUGCUGUUAAAAAUCUGCAAUUAUUUACUGCUUUCAUUAGAGACUUCUCUAUGUUGCAGACAUUUCACUAUUGCCAAAAGAAUAGUAGCAGAAUUAUAUAACAUGUUAGAAUCCUUCUAGUAAGAAAAACCAUUAUAAGUAUUCCAUCUAUUACUUAAAGCAUAAAUAAUUAUAGUUGAAAUCCCUAAACAAUAUUGGGAUGCCAAUCUGCGUAUUCUAUCAGCUAAAUUUACAUACGAAAUAUUAAAGGUCUGCAUGAAACUAAAUGAAAUUACAUUGGGUAGAAGAGUCAUAACUGCAGAAUUACAAUCAUUCAAUAGAAAGUGGUAUUAAGUACCUAAGAUAAUCAUGAUCGAACAAGUAGAAGACACCAAAAAGGAUACAAAAAAGGAUGUCAAAAAGGGAGGUAAACCAUAACAAAUAGAUGAACCUGCAUAACCACCUAAAUAAGUUCCUAAAUUAAUUAGAGAACUAUAUGAAGUGAAUUCUACCGUGUAAGAUUAUUUGGAAGAAACUCUAUUGGCUAUGAACGAUGAGUUCGGUGAUUAUGUUCCUUCAUUCGUUGAAAAGUGGAAAGAAUAAAUAGAUCAAUUGAUUCCCUACAUGGAAAACCCAGCCGAUCAAAUUGAUAAAAUAUUUAGUGAAUUGUCAAUACGGCUAGAAUAUUGGGAAUGCAUUAAAGAUUUAUCAACAGCUACCUAAAAAUUACCAAAAUAACACCCAAUAUAUAUAGAGAUGUUAUGUAAAUUAAUCAGGAGAAUGAUUUAAACGGUCUUUAAUGAGCAAUUUUAACCUAGUGUUGCAAUAGCAAAUGAUAUCACUUAAAUUUAAUAAAAAUGCAUACAAUUAGAUAUUGAGUUUUAUCCUGCCUUAUUACCAGAAUUGAUUAUAGACAAAAACACUAAUAAAGUAGGAAAUGAUGAUGCCAUCUAAUUAUUUGAGGAGUAUAAUACAAAAAAGACAUAGUUAUUGGAACAACUAAAAAAUGAGGGUUAAACAAUAAAUAGAUUUGGAAUCAUGUCAAAGGCAAAACGAUUUGAAUACGUAUAAUUAUGGAGAAGUGAGUUAAGUUAUUUGAAAGCUAUAUUGUCUUAUAAAAGCAACAGAAUUAGACUAGUUGAUGUUGAUUGUUUUGUAUCUGUCUUCAAUUUAGAUAUUGAACAUUUGAAAGAACUGAUAAAUGAAAAUGAUUCUUAGAAACAAGUUAAAUAAUAAUAAUAAGCACUAUAAUAAUAAAAAGAACAAUAGUUAUAAUAGCUUUAACAACAAGCAUAAUAAAAGUAACCUCCUGCAAAGUAACCUCCUGGAAAAUAAUAAGUGCAAUAGCCAGUUGUUGAAUUAAGCGAGGAGGAAGAAUUAAUUUAAUUAUCGACUUAAAUAAUUAAAAAUGUUGCUGAUGCAUGUGGUUUUGCUGUUUGGAGUAAAUAAUAUAUAGUAAUGUUAAAUCAUGUCAAGUUUUUAUACAAUUUCUUAUUAAAAGAACAGAUAACUCCAUUUAUUCAUUAAGGAUAAUGCUGGUAGGACUUGUGUUUCAUUGGAAAUUGUAUCAACACUUUAAUCAAAGAAGUCAAAGAUCAUGGUUGGUUUUAAGUAAAGGAAUAAGCAGAAAAUGAAUUGGCAUUGCAACCUCACAUGCAAUAAUAAGAUUAUGUCUUUGAACCACCUUUGCCUAACACUGAACCCAUCAGACCAUCUUUACUUACGUAAUUAUCCAAAGAUUGCUGGUUCAGUAAAUACAAGGAUAUGGAUUUGUUGGCCAAUAUUAUGGCCUACAUUGUUUAAUCAUUAAUGGUGGAAUAAAAAUGGAAUAGUUUAAUUGGAAUAUCAAGAUAAUUUUGCAAUUUGACUACUCAUUACUAUUCUUAAUAUAUUUUACCAUUUACAAUUCAUGCCUAGACUAUUCUAUUCAAAGAAGCCUAGAAUAAAACAUAGCUCAAAUAGGAAGAACUUAAUGCAAGAACACAAGCAUUCUAGGUCUGGGAAUAAACAAAGAAGAAGAAGACUAGAUCAUCAUUAUUAACUCAAGAAAUACCUUAGGAAGAACAAGAUUAUCGUGCAGAUAAAGAAAUGUUGUUGUAGUAAAUUCAUUUGUUACAAUAAAAACAAGAUUUCAUUGAGAAUUAAUUAAAAGUUAGUGAAAAACUUAUUUAAGAAAUAAAUAGAGAUGCAAAUUAAGCAUUAGAAAACCUAAAACAAGCUAGAAAACUAUAUGAAAAAUUUGCUAUAGAUGAUGAAUUGUUAAGCAAGGAAAGUAUACAAUUAGAAUUCAAUUCUGAAUAAUAUUUAUUGAAAUAGACUACAUUGGAUAAGAAGCAAUUGUAAUUGAUGGAUUAAACUUUGAAAUAAAAGAAGAAGAAUCACAAAUAGUUUGGUAUGUAAGUCAUUUCAAAAUAUAAACUGACAUGUGAGUUAUUGCAUAAAAGACAGGAGAAAUUUGCACAGGCGCUGGCUUUGAAGGAAUUGGGAUCAUUGAAUUUUGCUAUGUAGAAUUAUGCUUAGGCUGAAGAAUCUUGGAGUGAGAGUUUGGAUACAAUAUUCCAAAGAAUCUUUGUAUUGAAAAGUAGUGCAUUCAGAUAGAUAAUAUAGGAGUGUAACAAAAAUAAUUAAUUGCUUGCAUAAACUUAUGGCAUUUAAUAAUGCUUAAUUGGAGUUACAUUGUGUUCCAUUCUAGCCUAUAAUUGCUACUAUUCUAAUUGCCAUCAACAGAGAGAGAGUGCAAUUCUGGCAUCUGAAUUGGUGUCUUCAGUAUUAAAAUUACAAAUGAUUAAUGGGCUGGAUUGGCAAGCAUUUAUUCAUACAAAGGAAGUUGCAAUCGGAAAUAUCUUCAAUGAUAGAUAUGUUUUGGAUCCAGCUGAAUUGGCAUUGUCUUGUGAAAGAUGUGCAUGGCUGUUAUUGGAUAGAGAUGAGGCCUUAAGGGCUGUCCCUCUAAUCAAUCUACUUGGUGAAUUAAGCAAUAGAUUAUAAAGCAAUUUCUAUUCAGUGCGUGCUAAAUUGUUAAGAUCAAUUGCUUUGUCUUCAAUUGGAUACAUAAAUUAAGCUUAUUAGGCUUUAUUAUAAAUUGCAAGUGAGAAGGAUCUACCAGAUUAAUCUACUUCGCUUUGGCAAUCUAGAGUUUCUGGAAAAUGGUGGUAUUCAAAUCUAGAAUGGAAUAAUUCAAUACCUCCUUACGAUGAAAAACACACCUAACUAACAGAAAAAAUACUGAAAGAAUUGGAAUUAACCAGAGAAUUUGGCUUGAAAUACGGUUUGUAGAAUGAGAAUAUCUUCAAUUAUGCAGUUGCACUUUUAGUCUAUAAUAUCCAUUCUGGAGAUAUAAUUGAGAAAUGGGAAAUUAAUGAUUUAAGGUGUAAGUUCCUAAUAAAAGUUGAAACUAUAUUGAGAAACACUUUGAAUAAGUUGAAUUAGGAAGAAUAAAUCGAACAAAGAAUACUGACUAAACCUAAAGAGGAAAUCUUAGCUGAUCCAAAAAUGGAAGAUUAUUACCAUUUGUAAGGAACAUCCAAAUAAAUUGGAGUAACCAAUAAUUAGGAAGCCUUAACAUACUUAUAAAAAAGAGAAGAGAGAAUGUACAUGAUGGCAAGAUCCAGAAAUUUGAUGGCAAAAGUGAAUGUCAGUAUGGGAUAAAUUACAAGGGCAUUGUACAUAUUCAAAUAUGCUAUUGAGAAUUUGUAAACAUACACACUUGAAUUGUCCACCAAUGAAAAUGGUGAGGAAUUGGAAAAUUUACCAUGGGAUUAAUUAAAACCUUAGGGAGUAGUCGAGGAUAAGAAAGGAGCUAAGAAGGCACCUGAGAAGAAAGGAAAGGAAGGAAAAGAAUCCAAGGAUAAACCUAUUGCAGAUGAAGUACCCGCUGUGAAAACGGAUGCAUAACUUAAGUUAGAAGAAACUAUCCUACAAAUUGUAGAAGCCAGAAAAACAAGACAUUCAUUAAACAUCUAUUAUUGGAUUAAAUUAAGAACUGAAUUGACACUGUUAUUAUACAGACAUAAUAGACAUGAGGAAGCUUUGGAAUUAAUGGAAGCCUUGAUGAAUGAUUGCAAACAAUUUAAUGACAAUUAUCACUAAAGAUUAAUCAUAGAGUAUCAAGCAAGAAUUCAAUUUAAGAAGGGAAAAUCAACAGAAUCAAUUAAGAAGUUUAAAGAGGCAAUCGAAAUAGGGUAAAAGAAUUUCCAUUAAGAUCCUCAAAUGAUAGUGUUAUAUGGGGAUCUUGGGGAAAUCUAUUAUGAAAAAAAUGAAUUGUAAGAAGCCAAACAAUAAUUCUAUGAUGCUUAUUAAAUGGCUGAACAAUUAAUGUAGAUGAUCAAUUAUGGAUAUGGGGUAGUACCUAAUUGGAAUCAGAAAUGUGGACAAGAGAAGAUUUAGAUUUGUUAAGACUUGUGUGUUCCUUUGGAAAUAGAAUAAGAAAUAUUAAAAAAGACAGAUAAGUAAAUCAAGACAACUAAGAAGGAUGAAAAGAAAAAGGAUGAUGGCAAAUUUGCUAGAAAGGGAGCCGAUAAGCAAACUAAAAAAGAAAAUAUUGAUAAACCUCAAAUGCCUAUAAAGGGAUUAAAUUAAUUACCUAAUUUUAAUUUCAUUUAACCAACAAAGCUCACUUAUACAACAGUGGAUAUUGAUACAAUCAAUAAUACAUAAUAUCAAUAUAAUUGCUAUAUAAAGAACAUUGAAUUAUGGUAAAGGGCAUCAUUAAGAUAUGUUGACAUAAUGAUUACAUUGAAUUAGGCCAAUGAAAAUUCCACUAUAUCAAUAGAUUCUCAAGAAUCAUCACUCGCUUCUGAUUCAGAAAGUGACAAGUCUUCUGUUAAAGACAUUUUCGAUAUUAACGUAAUUAGUGAGAUCGUUAAUAAAAUAGAUACUUCAAUUAGUAAGAGCAUUAAUGUACCCAUAAGUUUCAGAUUAGAAUUGUAUUACUAAUAAAGCAAGAUUUUCAAGAUGAGAUUCGUAUAAUUAUUACUAAAUUUGCAACAAAAGUACUUUAUGAAAUAUCUGUCGGGUAAAAAUAAGAAAUAUGCGGAAUUCUAUGAAAAAAGACCUCAUAGGGAUUUAGUAAGGAAUAAAUACUUUUUGCUUGUUCCUCCUUUCUGUUAAUUACUUAAAGAAUAGGGACUCUAAUAUUUAAUGUAGGCAAAGGAAAGCCUAUCGAAGGCUAUUAGUGUAAUCAGAGGAGAAGCUGUAUUAUUCGAAUACAAUAGAAAACCAGAAGACAUCUUGGUUGCCAUGGCUGAAAUUUGUCUAUUCAUUAGAGAAUAUAGAGUGAGAUAAGGAUACAGAUAUGUUAAGGUAGAUUAUUUACAAUCCCUAAUAAAUUCAAAGAAUACUGAGUAGAAUAAAAUUGAUUUGGAAUAAUAAUUAAUUAGCAUGGAAAGAUCAGAUAGGUUGGAAUAACUAAAUUUAGAAUUGGAAGCACAAAGCUAUCUUAAAUAUGCUAUUGAAUUAGUUAAAGCAAGAUAAGAAUUAUUGGAGAACUUUGCUGCAGUUGCACUUACACCAUUACCAGAUGUUAAUAAACUGGCACUUGAAAUUUAUACUGAGAUAAUCGAAUAAGAUUAUUAAUAUAAGAAAAAGUAUAAUCCAAUGUUAUUUGAUGAAUCCAAGAAAAAGGUUGGUGUUUCUUCAAUGGAUGUGCUUUAGUUCAUUUAAAAAGUGUGGAGAGAGGCGAAAGUGAUGACAUUUAGCGGAGCUUAUUUACAAAGAAUGAUUUCUAAAACCCAUCGUUUCUUAAAGUUACACAUGUAAUCCUAUCAAAAAUGUUUGAUAACUUCAUUAGAAGUUGCCCCAAAAAAUGAUGUGAAUGCUGUGUUUAUUGAUGAAGGCACAAUUGUUACUAAAUUAUUAUACAAUCCAGUGGCUCAUGAAUUUAAGAUUCUUUAUGUUUUGGGUGGAUUAAACAAAGAAAAAAUAAUUACUUCAUUAUCCAAAGAAGAAAAGGAUAAAUUAAUUAUUUCAGAUGAAAAAAAUGUGUUGUAUGGAAACAUAUAUAUUACUGAUGCCAAUGUGUCUAUGCUUUUGUAAGAUGCUCUCAAUUUACAAUCGAAAAUGAAGGAAUCAGAUCAGCAAUCAUAAAAGAUGAAAGAAAGAGAUUACAAACAUCAUAAAAAGGCAUUUUAUAAACUUAUCGAAUAAAUUGGAUUCUAUUUCUUCUAAAAACCAAGCACAAUCUAAAUGCAAAAUGGUUAAGCAACUGAAACAGUUAAAAAGAGUGUAGCAUUCAAAAAAUCAGAAUCCUUUAUGCAAGAAUAAAAUGAACCAGAUAUUCUGGCCAAAUAUGAAACAAUAGUACCAGAAUUAACUCAUGAAAACAUUGCCAUUUUAAUCAAUCUAUUUAAUGAUUAAGGACAAUUUUAAGAUAUUACCAUCAUUAGAAAUAUAAAUGAGAUUAUAAAUACAUUUAAAUUAAUAUUAAAUAUAAUUUUACUAAUUGGCUUAAAUCUAUUCAAACUUUCUAUUAAAUAUAAUUUAAAGGAGAAUUUACUUUAAUAGAAAUGUCUUCAACAUGAUCAGGAUUAUUUAGCUGUUCAAAUUGGUUUAGAAAACAUAGAGGAGAACAAGUAUUUUUGUCCUUAAUGCUUAAUCGAACUUGUAACUACUAAAGAUUUGAUACUAAUAAGCUAAGCUAACAAAUAAAUUCAAAUUAAAAAAAAAUAAGUUUCUAAAACUAUUUAAGAUGAAUGCUAACAAAAAAUAAGUUUAAUAUAAAAUCUGAAAAAUAAUUUAGAAGAAUUGCAAUUACCUUUAAAAUAAGUCUUUACAUAAAUCACAGGAGAAAUUGAGGAAUUAGAGAAGGUAACUUAUAACAAACUGUAAUAAAGUUAAAUGAUUAAUUCUGAAACUGAGAAUCUAAAUUAAGAAUUACAAUUAUUGAUUGAUGAAGAGAGUGGUUUAUCAACAUCAGAAGAUAACGAUGAUUAAUUGAAGAAAUAGAUACUCCUUUAAAUAAAAUUCUCUUUUUAUCAAACAAGACUGAAUGAAAUUCUUUAGUAAUUUGAUAAAAUCUAAAAUUUACAUAAUAAUAAUUCUGAUAGUUCUUCACUAUAAAACAAGAAAACAAUAUCCUAAAAUUGUAAAACUCAUAAUGAAUAAAUUAAAAUGCUCUUAAUUGAUGAAAAAAAUUAAGUUAAAAAAUUUGCCUGUGUUGAAUGUAUAUCAGAAACAUAAGGAAAAUACAUAUCACCUGCUCAAUUAAAGUAAUCUUUUGAUAAUUAUUAAUUAUAAUAAGAAAAGUCAUUAAAAAAGUUUUAAUUAUUAAAGAAGGAAUCGAAAAAUAAAAAUAUAGGAUUUUUAAAUAAAAUACGUGAUAUGUAAAUUUAAAAUAUAAACCUAUGCGUUAAAUAAUUAGAAGAGAAUGAAAAGUCUUUCGAAAAGAUUAUUGAGGCAACUUUAUAAUUUAAGGAUUAAAAUAUUUUGUAAAUGGAUCAAGAUCAAUAAUUAAAAUUAUUAGAACCUGUAUAUUCCAAUUAGAGUCCAAAUCAUUAUUUUUAAAUAAUUAAAAGAUAAUUAGAUUAGGAUAAAAGUUUAACCUUGAAGUUAGAAUAAAGUAUGGAAGAAUUGAAUAAAUUUGUUAUUAAAAAUUCUACUAAAUCUAUACUGAAUAUUUAGAGCAUGAAAUCUUAUUGA